UUCCCUACCAGCUGCCACUUCAUUUUCUCAACUCUUCCUUGUCAUAAUUCUCUCUCUCCCAAAACAAAAAAAAAGAAAAAAAAAACUCCUUCACCUCCUUUUUCACCUCCUUAUUAGUCCAUUUCAUAGAGAGCCUCAACCUUCAUUUGUUUGCUGCAAGCUGACACUCUUCACACUACCACCCACAACACAAGCCACACCACAACAACAUCACAUUUUUUUUUUUUUUUCUCAAACAGACAUUUCACCAAAUCAUUUGGUGACAACUCCUUGAACACAUAAACAACAACAGCAUUGCACAGAAAAAGAUAAAAAAUUCAAAGAAACAUACAAACUUUUCUUAGGUGAUUCAUACAAAAUUUCCCCCAAAAAAAACACAACAAACAACCCAUAAUGGGAAGACAUUCUUGCUGUUACAAGCAGAAGUUAAGAAAAGGUCUUUGGUCUCCUGAAGAAGAUGAAAAACUUCUUAGACAUAUUACUCAAUAUGGCCAUGGCUGUUGGAGCUCUGUGCCUAAACUUGCUGGUCUGCAAAGAUGUGGAAAGAGUUGCAGAUUAAGGUGGAUUAACUACUUAAGACCUGAUUUAAAGAGAGGAGCAUUUUCACAAGAGGAAGAGAAUUUGAUUGUUGAACUUCAUGCUGUUCUUGGGAACAAGUGGUCACAAAUAGCAGCACAAUUACCAGGAAGAACUGACAAUGAGAUAAAGAACUUGUGGAAUUCUUGCCUUAAAAAGAAGCUUAGGCAAAGAGGUAUAGACCCAAAUACCCACAAACCAUUAUCAGAAGUUGAAAUUGAGGAAGAAAAAGCAAAAUCUAGCAACACCAGCAACAACAGCAGCAACACAACAAACAACAGCAACAACAGUAGAAAAACUGAUAAAUUAUCAGUACUUUCUACUAUGAUCAACAAUGAUACCACCACCACCAUUAACCUAACCAACACCAACACAACCUCUACCGCCGCCGCGGCUACCACCAAUCAUACUAACAAUUCUACAACAUUUACCUUAUCAUCACCACCACUACCACCACCACAACAAUUAUCUACCCAUGAGUUCUUCCCUGAUUCGAUAUACGGCUCAUUUGGGUUCCACCAAAACAACCAAGCUGCUAUAUGCUUCAAUAAUUCAUCCCUUCAAACAACUUCUAGAAAUAAUGUUACUACAUCAUAUGACAACCAUUGUCAUUACUCAAUCCCUUCUAUUAUCCCAUUCAUUUCAACCACAGACUUUGGAAAUAAUGGGUAUCAAAACAUCGACAAUACUACUACAACUACAACAGCUACAACCACAAGUACAAGCCAUGAAAGUAGUAACAAUAAUACUAUGCACGAUCAUCUCAAUAACAACAACAACAACAACAACAACAAUGGAUCGUUUUUCGACAACUUUUCUUGGGCAACAAUCACAGAUCAAUCUUCUUCUGUUAAACCCAACAAAAACAUUCAGAUUAAUAGUAGUAAUAUUGGGUUAGAUGUUACAAACCCAGAUGAGAUAAAAUGGUCUGAGUAUUUACAAACACCAUUAUUAUUAACUCCUACUAAUAAUGGUGCUAAUACUUCUACUUAUGGAGAAAUUAAGACAGAAACUUCAUCAAUUAUGCCCUUUACAAGCUCAUCAACAUGGCAUCAAAAUCAGCAACCAUCACCACCACCACCGAUGCCAAGCUUCCAUGGCUCUGAUAUGUAUAACAAGGAUUUACAACGGCUUGCUGAAGCUUUUGGACAGAUUUUCUAAGCAAAUAUCAACAUUUUUAAUCAAAAAAGGAGGCGGGAAAAAGAUAAAGAUAAAGAAAAAAGAGGAAUUUAUUUUAAAACAAGGAAGAAUAUAAUUUUUUUCCAAUUUUUUUACAAAUAAUUCUUCUCUUUUUUCAUGUUCAUCUUUUUUUUUCCUACAAUUUGUGUGCUAUAGAUGAGGGGGGUAUUUUUUUUUUUUUUUUACUUCUAAAUAUAAUAUUUGAUUUUUCAUAUUGUAUAUAGGACCAAAAUACAUAACAUUUUAUCAGGGGGGUUUAAUGGAAUAUUUGUGUGAAUUAUUGUGUUACAACAAUAAUCAAGCUUGACUUGUUCAUCAUGUUUGAUUGUUAUUAUUUUUUAUUUCUUUUGAUUACUAUUAUUGUAUAUGUAAUUUGUUUAUUAUUUUAAGUUAGCAUGCAACAAGUUGUAAUCUUUUGCAUACAUUGAAGGGAAGUUGGAGGUGAGCUAUAGAGAGAAAGAAGAGUGUCUUAAUUAACUCUAAUGUGAAUAUCUAUAGUUUCGUACAAA